AUGAAAUCAAAAUGUAUUGUAUCUCACACCUAUGGAAUAUUUAAUAAUGAAUUAAAUAAUUCAGAUAUUUUGAAGUUUUAAUUAUUUUUUGAAGUUGAGUUUUUACAAAGAGCUGAUGGAAGCACAUAUUUUAUAAUGGCUGAUUAUUUUUUUUACGAUACUGCUCAUUAAUAUAUUUAAAAACAUAAAAUAUAUUUACUUAAAUUGAUGAAUAUUAUUUGUAAAGAAUUUUAUAAUAAUAAAUAAAAAUCCAUACAUUUAAUAAAGUUAUUUCAAUUUUAUCACUUUAUAAUGGAAGCUCAAAUCGGAUUUAAAAUAAUGCCCUACUAAGAUCAAAUUAACCCUCAAGACCUUUUUGCAAAGUACUCUUAAGCCGCUUCAGAUUGGAGUGCAAUUUACAUAUAAAAAACACCAUAACAUGCUUUAACUUAUAUUUAUACAAAAUAUGAACGAUUUAAGGAGGUUUGCUUAAUGAAAUUCAAAUUUAAUGAGAAAAUCAAAUUUAUCCAAUUAGAUAAUGAGAAUUUUUCCAAGUCCAAUCUUUCUUCUGAAAAUAAAGCUUAGAUUUCUAAGACAAUGUUAUUUAGUAACUAUGGGAUUUAAAUUGAACAAAAUUAGCCAUUGAUGGACACAUUAGGAACAUUAAAUAUUGGUUUGGUAAUGGAGGAUUCUGAAAAACAGUUUGAAUACAUUGUGCCCCAUAAUCUAAUGCAAGGUGGGGAGUGCUAUGAAUCAAAAAUUCCCAUCAGAUUUUAGAGACAUGAAACAAAAGUAUUUAGAACUGUAAAGUUGAUUUUUAAUGAUGAAUCCAAAGAUAUAGAAGGUAUCUACUAGGAUAGAAUUCAUGAAAUCCCUUUAAAUUUCCAUAAUUUAUGA